AUGAAGUGGCUUUCACUCCUGCUACAGGCCGGGCUUUCCCAGGCUGCUCUUCGAUUCGGAUGUUCAACCGUAUCUAUCCAACGUUUAGAUCCGCUUGUUGAACCUGGCGCUAUUCCAUCAGCUCACGUACAUCAGAUUGUCGGCGGAAAUGCCUUCAAUGCGACUAUGACAGGGGAUAUUGGCGAGCAAGGUAGUUGUACGACAUGCGCAUACACUGAGGAUUUCUCCAACUACUGGACAGCGGUGCUAUAUUUUAAGCACGAGAAUGGCUCCUACAAGCGCGUGCCACAAUACCCAAACGCUCAAUUAGGUACCGAAGGUCGUGAUGCUCCUGAUAUUAAGGGAGGCAUGACGAUCUACUAUACUCAAAAGGACUUCAAUGGAAAUGGAGACCAGUAUAUUACCGCAUUCCAGCCCGGUUUCCGUAUGACAGUUGGCAGUCCCACCACGAAUACCCUCGAUGCUGCAAAGGCCAACAAAGGCCUCCGAUAUACUUGCCUGCAGACAAUCCUGACCCGAGGCAGCGAGACUCCAGACUUCCCAAAGCAGCCAUGCCCUGCUGGCAUAAUGGCAAUUCACCAUUUCCCGAGUUGUUGGGACGGGAAGAACCUUGACAGUCCCGACCACCAGUCCCACAUGUACAACACCAACCCGGGAGCUUUCCUAGAAGCGGGCCCAUGCCCGGCUUCGCACCCCGUGCGUAUGCCUCAGGUUGCUUACGAGACAAUGUGGAAUACAACUCAGUUUGAUGGUAUGUGGCCUAAAGACGGAUCGCAGCCUUUUGUCUGGUCGUAUUCAGACAGCCUGGGAUAUGGAACGCAUGCCGACUACGUGUUUGGAUGGAAAGGGGACUCCUUGCAACGUGCUAUGAAUGAUUCCUGUAUGUUCCAUGCAUGUGGUAGCCCCGGAAUGCAGGGAAUACUGAAGACACAGACUGUUGAGGAGAUGAACAAGUGUGCGGUUCAGAACACAGUUACGGAAGAUACUGAGGGCUGGCUUUCUGAGCUUCCGGGGCAGAAAAUGCCGAUGAAGUUCACAGCAUGA